UGAAAAGGUUUGUCUAGUAUAUCCAAGGUAGUACGGGUCUCUUUUCAUGAGAGCUACCCUGCUGAGCUACAGUAAACCUCAUACUUCGCCAUCUCCUACGAUUCCCACUUGAUACUUUUAAUCUCCUGCCCUAAAAGUGGAUCACCCCAUCUUUUGGGUUACUUCCAUCCCGUCCCAACCCAACGAGCUCACCCCUCCACCUCGCGCAGCAAUUACCUACCUAUCCUGUCUCAUCCACCCUCCACUCUCACGCAUCAAAUCCACCCAUUCUCACCAGGAACAAGCGAUUAAAUUCAACCAGCAGCUCGGUUACACAUCCCCUCCAUACCGUACCCACCACCCUACCCUCUCUCCCUCUCUCUCCCUCUCUCUCUCUCUUCAUUCUCAUUCAAGUUAUGCAACCCCCCCUCUUCCCCCUCUCCCGAAACAACCACCGCGGCCGCUCAAAAGCGAUAAUGAACUACGACGCCCUCCCCACCCCCUCCUCCAAGCCCGAAGCCACCGACUUCCUGCAGACGCUCCUAAACAAGAACCUCAGGGUGGGCACCACGGACGGGAGGAUGUUUUGGGGGAGCUUCAAGUGUACUGAUUCUGACUGCAACCUCGUCCUCCAACACACCUACGAAUACCGCCCCCCCUCGCCCAACUCCAAUCAGCCGCCGCCGCGGCCGCAAGCUCAGACCCCCAGUCCAAAAAAGUGGUCAUGGACAUGACAUCCCGCUACCUAGGUCUAGUCGUCGUACCAGGCCAAUACAUCACAAAGAUCGAAGUCGAAGAGUUCGCCAGUCAACUCAAGGCCACAGAGCGCAAACAGCAGCAAAAGUCACAACAACAACAACAAACAACACGCAAGGUAGAAAUUAGUUAGCUACUUUACCUUACCUUACUUAGCGUACCUGCCGAAAUCACAUGAUUCAUAAUAACGAUGAAAAAAAAAAUGAAAAAAAAAUGUUCAUAUUAACCAACUACCCAUCAGUCAUUCAAAACAAGAAUUCGUGCCGCAAAGGGAAUCGACGCUAAACUAUACACACACACCCCCCCCUGAGAAGAAGAAGAGAAACAACAACUUGCUCUCACACCAAAUCCUUAGGAAACCCCAUCAUUGUUUGUCCUCCAUCUCACUCAAAUCAUUACCAAUUACGGUCGAUUUCCCUUUCAUACCUCGGCUAAACCCGCCACCACCACAGCCACCGCUCAACCCCAAGCUUCU